AUUUCUUGUCCACGCCCACUCUACUGCAAGGCUGAUGCAACUGGCUGUACACAGCUUACAGAGCCCACCCAUAACUGCACAUGAAAUACAUGCUGCCACCGUCAUUGGUUAGACGUUUAGAGACUCUCUCAUUCUAUUGGUCACUUCGUAUGACAUUAUCAUAGUCUGUUUUUCGCGUGGAAACCACGUUAACACUGUUACUCUGUUGAAUUAUAUGUUUGGAGCCAACAUCGGAAAAGGAAAUAUUUGAUACAUUCGAAGCAACAUCCUAACAACAGAAACUUCAGAAUGAGCGUGGGGUUCAUCGGAGCGGGUCAGUUGGCCCAUGCUUUGGUGAAAGGAUUCAGUGCUGCAGGUGUCAUUGCCACCCAUAGGAUCACUGCCAGCUCCCCAGACACAGAUCUUCCCACAGUGUCAGGACUGCGGAAAAUGGGUGUCAAUCUCACAACCAGCAACAAGGAGGUGGUGAACAAGAGUGACGUAUUGUUCCUGGCUGUCAAACCACACAUCAUCCCCUUCGUGUUGGAUGAGAUCGGACCGGACAUCGAGGACCGCCACCUCAUCGUGUCCUGUGCAGCGGGCGUCACCAUCAGCUCCAUUGAGAAGAAGCUGCUCCAGUACCGCCCGUUCCCCAAGGUGAUGCGAUGUAUGACCAACACCCCAGUGGUGGUUCGGGAGGGAGCCACGGUCUACGCCACGGGUACCCACGCCGAGCUGGAGGACGGGAGGCUGCUGGAGCAGCUGAUGGCCAGCGUGGGCUACUGCACGGAGGUGGAGGAGGACCUGAUCGAUGCCGUCACCGGACUCAGUGGCAGUGGACCCGCCUAUGCAUUUACAGCUGUGGAAGCGCUUGCUGACGGUGGGGUGAAAAUGGGUCUGCCCAGGAGACUGGCUAUACGGCUUGGAGCACAGGCCCUGCUGGGAGCAGCCAAAAUGCUGUUGGACUCGGAGCAGCACCCUGGCCAGCUGAAGGACAACGUUUGCUCCCCAGGGGGCGCCACCAUUCACGCCCUGCACGUCAUGGAGAGUGGGGGCUUCCGCGCCCUGCUCAUCAACGCUGUAGAGGCCUCCUGCAUCAGGACCAGGGAACUCCAGUUCUUGGCUGACCAGGAGAAGAUCUCCCCUGCGGCCAUCAAGAAGACUACACUGGACAAGGUUCUGCAGCAGCCAGGGGUGGGAACAGGGGUGGGCGUCCGGACGGGAUCUGGGAUCAGCCGGUUCAACAGCAGCAACCCCAGGCACAAGAAGUGAUUGAAUUGAGUGGCUCUGAUCACAGAACGGGUGUAUUCAUAUUAGUGCACUGCACACCAUAGCAAAACAUUUUGUAAUGGCAAACAUUUCGCAAUGAAAACGAGUUUCUUAUUGGACAAGUUCAGGUAGUUCCUCCCUGUUUCGGUCCAUUUGCUUCCUAGUGAACAUGCCCCAGAUGGAGAGAUCAAUGAGACCCUCAAAAGAAUGAAACACUACUGAACGUAGUAUUUCGACCCUUCAAAAAUUGUUAUUAUCGUUAUAGCAUGCCAGCUGAGAGGAGGAGGAUGAGCAUACAUGGCAGCUUCAUAAACGUUUAAAGGAUAAACUUAGAGCAGCAAUAGAGGAUGUAGAGUGAAGAGACACUUCUCCUGGUCUCCGUUCAUCCCAUAUUCACUGAAUAUAAACAUCUGGACAGGUGAAAGCAAGUUCCUAAUAGGCAUUAUGGCUUUCACCUGUCCAGUGUUUUCAUAUCAGUGCAGAUGAAGGAGAAGAGAGGUAGGAGGAGACCGGGGAAGAAGAUGCCACUAGACAGUUAAGAUGGACCCACAUGGUGAUUAUUAUAAUAUUACAAUUCCUUUACAUUUCAGUUGUUUAGCAGACACUCUUAUCUUAUCCAGAGCGACUUACAGGAGCAAUUAUGGUCAAGUGCCUUGCUCAAGGGCACACUGAUUUUUCACCUAGUCGGUUCGGGGAUUCCAACCAGCGAUCUUUCGGUUACGGUCCGAACGUUCUUCACCACUAGGCUUCCUGCCUCCCACUCCCUUUCAGUAAACGGUGUAGAAACAGAGGCGGAUGUGGAGUUGCACGUCUUAUAAUGUGCUUAGCUAUCUAUAUCUUCUGUUUCAUAGAAUGUGUGCCUAUAUGUUCCGCUAGACAGAUUAGUAGGUCAUACAUUAUUUACAGUCUAACUGGAACUAUUUUGGUCUGUCUUGUAAACAUCAAAGGUCCCUGUUUUCUGUUGUUUAUCUCUUCAUUUUCUGGCUAUUUUCUUUGCUUGAUUGAGAGAUUAUAUUACAGCUUUAGCAUGUUAAUAGUUUUUACCUGACUCGGGGGAAAGUACUUAGUUUUUCAGUUUGUAAAAGCAGCAACUCCAUGUUUAGACACACAACAAAAUGGGAAUUCUAUUGAACCUUUCUUUAUCCAGGUUUGUCUUGUUGAGAUGUAUAUUUUUAAAAGAGACUUGUUCAAGAUGGCAGCAGUCAUUAAUGUUACUAAAGUUACACACA